AUGUACAAGUUCGUGGACGAUCUGAACGAGCACCAGCGCGCGGCCGUCACGGCCUCUCCUAAUGGCGUAGUUCUGGUGCUUGCCGGUCCCGGAACCGGCAAAACCAAGGUUAUCACCGCACGCGUUGCAUAUCUGCUUCUGCACCACAAGCUUCCUCCCCAGGACGUUGUGGUCGCCACGUUCACGAAAAAGGCCGCCAACGAGAUGGUGGAGCGACUGGGUAUACUUUUACAGCCGUAUCCGGAGAUCGACGCCAAAAAAUUGCUCAUCGGGACGUUCCACUCGAUCUGUGUGCGGAUUUUGCGCAAAUUCGGGGGACUGGUCGGUCUGAACACCGGCUUCAAGAUCGCAGACGAGACGGACGCCAAACAGCUGAUCAAGAAAGUGCUCCGGGAGAUGGCUGAGAGCGGAUUUGACGUUUCGCUCAAAGACUCGGACAUCAAAAAAUACAGAGCGUACAUUUCGGCCUGCAAAAAUAAGGCCCAGCUACCGGACCAGGUACCCCUUUCCAAGAAGGCAGACGACGUCAGAACCAAGCUAGAGGCGUACACUUUGUAUCAGGAAGAGCUUGUACGCAACAACGUGAUCGAUUUCGACGAUUGCCUGCUGCUGGUGCACAAACUGCUUGCACAACACCCGUCAUGUAUGGGCCGUGUGAAACACGUUUUGGUGGACGAGUUUCAGGACACUAACAAGGUGCAGCUGGAGCUGGUGUACCAACUGUCAGGAUUCAACGAAAACUUCAAGCACAACGUGACUGCUGUCGGCGACCCCGACCAGAGCAUUUAUGCGUUCCGUAACGCAGAGGCCAAGAACUUCUACCGGAUGGAGGACUAUUACCGAGAAAAAGGUCUGGCAGUUUUGAAAGUGGCUCUCACACAGAACUACCGUUCCACCAGCAACAUUCUCGCGCUUGCAGAGCACCUGAUGAGCCAGCAGUUUGCUCGCAGGGAGCAGAAAUUUUUGCAUGCCCAUAGAAAGGACGACAUUCCGGUGCAGAUGUUUGCAUGCGCCACUAACAAGGCGGAGGCGAGCAGGAUCGCCGCCACGAUCAAGCAGGUGGUUAAGCCAAACGGCACGCAGUACUCGGACAUUGCCAUCUUGCUGCGGUCCGGGUUUCUGUCCCGUGUCAUCGAGCAGGAGCUGAUCCACGCAAACUUACCGUACGAGGUGGUGCAUGGGCGUUCUUUCUGGGAACGGCGCGAGAUACGGCUUUUGAUGGACUAUUUGCGUGCGGUGGCGUCCGACAUGGACUGGUUGGGGUACAGCCGGUGUCUAGAUUUCCAAGUGAGCGGUCUGGGAGCAAAAAGCUUGCUUUUGAUUGAGGAGCGGUUUUCCGCUCAGCGGGCGCGUAAUCAGCCGGGAAACGUCUACGAGAUACUGGAGAGCAUUGUGCGCGAUGGGAUGAAGGGCAUCACGGCCAAGGUGCGCGCCGGAAUUGGCGAGUUUGUUGCACUCAUCAAAAAUGCCCGCGAGCUGCUCCUUAGCGACGCUACCGAGCAGGAACAGCUGGGAAAAAUGUUUGACUACAUUGUACAGCACAGCCGUGUUGUGAGUGCUGUAAACGAAGAGCGCAUGGACAGAAAGGGCGACACACAGGAGGAGAUCGAGGCGAACCUGAACGAACUGAAGAGCCAGCUGAUCAGCUUCAAUCUCCAGGAAGAAGACCUUUUACAGGACGCGUAUGCCGAGGAGGACGAACUGGAGGUGAUAGAGCAGUCGUUCGACCUCACGGCUAGCACCAGUCUCGAGAAACUGGCGCAAUUCCUCGACUCGGUGUAUCUAUACGAGGAGACGAAGGGCGCCGAAAAAAGCGUAUCCAAGGUCACCAUCACGACGGUGCAUGGGUCCAAGGGGCUCGAAUGGCCCGUCGUAUUUGUUCCGUCGCUGUGCGAGGGCAUUUUUCCAUCGCAGCAUGCGACGAACGACGUUGGCGAUACCAAGAAAAAUGAGGCCGCUCUCGACGAGGAGAGACGGUGCAUGUACGUUGCCGUGACACGGGCCAAGGAACAGCUGUAUCUCAGCUAUUUCAAAGAAACGCUAGGAUUUGGCUUUGGGGACCCAGUCAAGAGAAAAAGCCGAUUCCUCAACCUCCCCAAGGGCCUUCUCAAGGUAGCCGACGACAGUGUCGUCAGCAAGCCAAACCUGUUCUCGUCGUUUCAGCAGAACACACAACUCAACAUGGGCCCAUUGGUGCUUGGCGCCGGCUUCCAGACCGCAUCCCGCCUCACAGGCGUGUCGCGGUUGCCCGACGGAGCAGUCAAGAUCUCCAAGCCAAGAAAAAAAAGGCUUGGCAUGGGAAGACCACUACGGCUUACGAAAAAAUAA